UAAGAUGUACAAAGUAACUGCGAGUUCACGUGACAAACCGUUGACCUGGACACGCGUUUAACGCUAAUAUGUUACACAAAUAUUUGAACGUGUGUAGAAUUCUUUUGUCUUCGUCGAUAUUCUAAAAUGCGGACAUUUGGGUGAUCAUGACGGGUUUGAAGUUAGUAAUGUGUUUUCUGUGUACCUUGUUACAAGUUCAGUGCAGAGGAAAAAUUUCGAAAAGAUCUUUGUUCUUUCCUACCACAACUGUUCUACAAUUUACGUAUGGCUUGAGUGUACCAUUGACCAUAGACGGUGCUGAAGGGGGCACCACUAUAUUAUUAAGUGCCUGUCUUCAAGGCAACUAUGACUUACCGAAGAAAGCUACCGAUCUCCAAGUACACGAUCUAACAAAGAGGGAAGCAAUUCACAAUGAGGACUUAAGCAAAAUUGAGAUUUACUAUUAUAUUCUUGAUUACUUGAGAAGUUUGGAUCUUAAUGGUGAAGAAUGUCUAGCUAGGAUGGUGUGCGAAAUUGCAAAGUAUCCUUUGGAUUUUGAGAAAGAAGAUAACGUGCUUGAAAAAAUUGCGCACUUCUUAUUAACUCCAUCUCAUGGAAAUUUCGAAGAUAUGGAUGCUGAUGAUUCUACAUUUCAUUCAAAGUUGUUAACGGCAGAAAAAGAUGGAAGAAGAAAGGAACCAUGUGAAAGAAAAUACAAACUUUGCGAAGUUUCUUUGGCAUCUUUAUUCACCACGUAUUUCAUUGAUUAAAACGAAUUAUUUCUAUUUUU